CCAACAAGCACAAAGAAUUGAAGAAGAACACGGGCGAGCAGACGGAUUUGCAAUAAUUCAAAAACGCAUUUGUUCUAAGAUGCUGAUUUGACGGAAUGAAUCAUUCAGCCAUGGAGAAUGAGCAGUCCAAGGUGGAGAAUUCUCCAACUCAGACCUCAUCCUCCACUCCCUCUCACAGAAAAAGGCCAGAUAAAGCCCACUAUGUUCCCAAAAAGCUACAAGUUGUUUCCAAGGACACAGCCCUAACCCAGAAUCAAACCAAACCGAGACCACAGCCUCGCUACACAGACAAGGCUCGAAAGAAUGCCAAGAACUCGAAGAAGAAGGCUGGAGUAGCGGACAUGAGCGCUGUUGGUGCAGAAGGUGGCGACGCUGGUGCAGAAGGUGGCGACGCAAUACCCAACGGUGACUCUAAGACAAAUGAGACAGAUGACAGGUUGCAGUAUCCAGAGAUCCAGCAUAAUGUACAACCUGACUCUACUAAUCAGGGAGCAGAUUCAGAGAUUAGCUCACGGCCUAAAGCAUCUCCUUCAGAGCCAGAAGAAGAAAGUUGGGAUGCAUUGUUCGAUGACGAUGGGGAUUGUCUGAAUCCACACCUUUUUGAAGAACUGUCUGUAAAGGAGGAUAGGAAGCGAGGGUCGAUCCAAGAAACUAGGUUUGACUACUACAACAUGGACAGAGACGAAGAUGGAGACAUCGACCUCAGAGAGGAUGAACUAUCUCACAUCGUAGAGAUCUAUGAUUUUCCUCCAGAGUUCAAGACAGAAGACCUGCUCAGAUCUUUCCAGGCCUACCAACAGAGAGGUUUUGAUAUCCAGUGGAUUGAUGAAACACAUGCCAUAGGCCUCUUCUCCAGCCCAAUAGCAGCUCGUGAGGCCUUGAGGUCUAAACAUCCACUGCUGAAGGUGCGACCCCUCUCCAAAUCCUCCGCCACAACAAGGGCCAAAGCUCGCAGUUGCUCAGACUACCUCCUGCCUGCCAAGGAGCGGCCUCAGACAAGUGCAGCGCUGGCCCGUCGACUGGUGAUUGGAGCCCUUGGUGUUAAGAGCCAGCAGACUAAUGAGGAGCGCGAGGCUGAGAGAAGGAAACUGCAGCGGGCGAGAGACCAAAAGCGCCUGGCAGCCAAACAGAGGGAAGAUGCUUGGGAAGGAAAGUGACAUUGGAAAAGAAGCUCACCCUUUUGGUUCUCUUUAAUGACCUUGAUCUUGUGCGGGUUAAUGAAAUCUCCGUCUUUCUCCUUGCCACUGGAUGAACUGUCUCCUCCUCUUCUAUUUUUUUUACUCCCUCUACAGCUGUAACCCUGAGAACUGGAUUCUCAACUGUGUCCAGCCCUACCCCUUCACCAAUUGCUUCUGAACACUUCAUUAUCCAUAGUCACAUAGCUCUUUACACCAUAUUGAAAUUUCAUCUGUGUAACAACCCUUGCACCCCCCCCCCCCUCACUUUCCUCACAUGCUGUUCUGUCCUUGCAGGGGCUAAAAGCCGGGUGUUUAGUAAAAGCAACUGUGGAUCAGAGGUAUUUUCACCUCUUUUAACACUGUUGUGUCCGGUGCCAUGGUUUGAAAAAUAGCCUCAUCCUUUGUAAAUGGCAACCAAGGAGAAGUUUUUUUUUUUUUUACGUUCCAAGGUUUUAUAUCAGAAGAGUAAUACUUGCCUAUUUUAAAACCCUGGUAAUUUGUGUUACAUAGUUUGACUUUUUUUUUCUGGGAUGUAAUUGCGUCACAUGAGAUCUAAGUAGCUGUAGUUUCAGAUUAAAAACGAUCCCUCAUCCGUUGAUCUAAGGCAUCCAUGACCCUAACUUCAGUGCUGCUCAUGAGGGAAGGUAGUCAGUGAUGCUUCAAAAUAAGUGUCAAAGGGCAACGUUUGAUUGAUUCAGCAUAGAAAGAUUAGAAUUGGCCUAAGUCACUAUACAUUGACAGAAAAAUGGAUCCACUGCUUCUGUCAGCAGAGAAGGAUUUGUGCAGCAGAAUUAGGAUAUAAUAAUUUAUGAUGUCGAUGUAAUUCAUACAUAACUUUUUAACUUUUCUUGCAUAAUUCCCUUAGCCUGCAUGAUCUCUACUGUGUCUACCUUCCUCCAUGAUUGAAUUUACAAGUCAAGACCAAUCCCAUUACCGCAAACAAUUGUAAUUCUUUUGUAAUGAGCCAUUUAUUUUCAACACAUCAAGCAACACACUCUUAAUUCUCAUUUGGGAAGUGAUCUGAGACGAGUUUGCUUUGUACUACUUGAUCUGUUUUUAUGGCCAUGUGAUUUGAAAAAUGAAAGCCGCUUUAUUUAUCCCCCCCCCCCCCCCGGCUUUUUCACCUCAAUUGUAUCCGGCCAAUUAUCCCACUCUUCCGAGCUGUC